GAGGGGAGGAGCGACUUUGAGCAGAAUUAGCCGCAAACGGUUAGCGGCUGAUGCUUGUGUCAAGCCACGCCCGCCAGGGUGCAACAAGCCCGACCCGCACACUGAACAUGCAUGCAUCAAAAGAGCGAGUUUGAGCGCGUCGUGCAGUAGCAUGCCGCUUAUUACCAGUACGGUGGCUGGCGGCGACCGUGAUCUUCGUGCCGGUUGACAUACGCCACCUCUCUGUGUACCAAAUCCGAUCUCUUUGCACCUUCAGACAGACACCGUCUUGAAGUCAGAACUGUAUCAGCACACUUGAUACCAACCUCGGUAGUACAGCUUGAUAUGGCAAGAACCGCGACAGCAACAAUGCGAUAGCGAAGAACAACGCCCAUCUUCACCCCACCUCAGAAAGUCGUUACGAUCUACGCUGCGUUGGCGACUGGAGUGAAGAAACAAAAACGAAACAUCUCUUUGCCGCAUCGACCGGCACUCUAACACCAUGAGCCACAGCGGCCAUGGAGGGAUGUCCAUGGGAUCGGUGGUCUUGCCUGCCCUUCCGGAGUUUCCCAAGUUCUAUUACGCAGUUGUAGGGAGCGCAGUCGCUGUUGCGACAAUCGUCAAUAUUUACAACGUCUUGUUGUGCAGACAAAGACUGUCCGCAGCAAGAGCAAGGGCCCCGUCGCCUGCAAAGCCGAAGUCCUUGUUCGCCGUAUGGAAUGCAACGGUGUUCGCUUUGACACGAGAAGCAUCCAACUAUUCCCUCCGGGUACCUCUUAAGGAACGAUUCAUAAGACUUCCGACUGUAGGUCGUACUACUUUGGUCUUGGCGAAUGUGGUUGUCCUACUAGUGCUCUGUUUCUACGGGCUCAAUCUCACCAAUCAGUUCCAGAAAGAGAGCGUUGGAUUUCGAUGUGGUAUUGUAACGAUUGGCCAGCUACCCCUUAUCUUCUUGCUCUCUGGAAAGAAUAACAUCAUUGGACUUUUGGCUGGCGUGAGCUACGAACGGAUAAACUGGCUGCAUCGAUGGGCUGCGAGAUGCAUGCUUCUGACGGCCACCAUUCACAUGGGCUACUUCUUUAGUUCAUGGGCUCCGUACGACUACAUCGGUGUCCAACUCAAGCAAAACAAGCUCGUGUGGCGGGGAUUGGCAGCGUGGUGCACGCUCGUCUGGAUCAACUUCAGUUCCUCAACACCCAUCCGUGGAUGGAACUACGAACUUUUCGUCGUUCAGCACGUAGCCUCAUUCGCGCUACUCGUCGGUUUCACAUAUGUCCACGCCCCGCCGGAGCUGCAAGGUUAUGUAUGGGCUGCAGUGGCGCUGUUCUUCUUCGAUCGUGUCAUCAGGACAUUGCGGUUCUUGUAUGCCAACAUAUCUCUCUUCCACUCAUCGCGUGAUGGGCAUGGGUUAUUGGCGUGCAAGGCCGAAUUCACACCACUAGCUCACAACACAACACGGAUUACCAUCAGAAAUCCCUCCAUCAGCUGGUCGCCUGGCCAACAUGUGUUUUUAUCAUGUCAAAGCAUCGCCCCUCUACAGAACCACCCGUUCACUAUCGCAUCGAUCCCUGAAGAUGGUAAGAUGGAGUUCUACGUCAAAGCGCAGUCCGGGGGAACAAGGCGCUUCUUCAAACACGCCCAGAAAUCACAAGACUUAGCUGAGACAACAACAAGACUGAAGACCGUUGCGAUUGAGGGGCCGUAUGGACGUCACAGACCGCUUCGCCAAUUUGAUAGCGUUGUCUUGCUUGCCGGAAGCACUGGAGCAACAUUCACCGUACCGUUGCUACGGGACAUUAUCCAGGGUUGGAAAAAUAAUAAUGACCCAACAUUGACAUCAAAGUCGUCGCUGUUGUCGCCACAGACCGGCGCAGUCACGCGCCAUGUCCGCUUUGUGUGGGUUGUCAAAAGUCGCGGGCAGCUUGAGAUGUUCGCUGAACAGUUGUCAUCUGUAUACACAGAUUUCCAGAUCCUGCAGGAACAUGUGAGGGACAUCAAGCUCGAAGUGACGGUCUACGUGACUUGCGAUGAAUCCUUUACUGACGAGCACGAAUCGUUACUCUCCACUUUGACCGCGCCGAAGAACACAAAAGCAUCAAACAAGGCUGUAGAGCACGGCAUAGUAGAGCUCAGAAACCGCACAGGAGGAGGCAAAGACCAAUACAUCAAGGAUGAGGUGAUGGAAGUCACAACAAGUUUGUCGCGAGACCCAGACAACCAAUGCCGCUGCCGCGCCACCGUCGACGAAGCCUCCACAUCCUCCCCAGCACCGUGCUGCUGCUGCACACCUGCAAACGACGCAGACUCUUCCCGCGCCAGCUCAUCGUCCGUACGGCCGCCACACAAGCAAACACUCCUCGUGCACCCCUCAAUCCAGAUCUUCAGCGGCCGGCCACAGACCAAGAGUGUCAUUCGUCGCUCUCUCGAGCAGGCGCUCGGCGAGUCUGCGGUCGUGGUCUGUGGGCCGCAGGGCUUGGUCAGUGAUGUGAAGCAGUGUGUUGUCGAGCUGAGUGAUGAGCGGGCGGUGCAUAAGGGGACAGGGGCGCAGGGCGUGUAUUUGCACACAGAGAGCUUUGGGUAUUGAGUAGACAUCAUACAGAGCUGAUGAAAUGAAUAUUGUAAUU